AUGAAAGAGCCUCAACCCCCUCCAUCAGACAUCCCAGUUAGCACUGGCAAUCCCUCUACAUAUACCGAGCCAAGAGCCCCUCGCUUCAUCGUCAUUGGCGCCGGCUCUCGGGGAAAUGCCUACGCCCGCGCUGUGAAAACGACCACCCCCGGUGUCAUCCACGCCGUUGCCGAGCCACACGAUUUCAAGCGGCGCGAAUUCGGACGAAACUAUAUUUGGGGGGCAGAAGGAUCUCCAGUCGAAGGACAAGAAUUUUCCGACUGGAGGGAAUGGGUACAAUGGGAAAUUGAGCGACGCAAAAAGGCUGCCUCCAGCGACAGCUCCGGUGCUGAGCAAGAUGCGCCCCCGCUCGGAGUAGAUGGAGUCUUUAUUUGCACACUGGACGAGACCCAUGUUGAAGUUAUCAAAGCUAUCGCCCCGCUCAACCUCCAUAUUCUCUGCGAGAAACCCCUCGCUCUCUCCCUGGAUGAUUGUCUAACCGUCUAUCGAACUCUCCAACCACCUAACCCGCAAUCCGCCAACCAAGAACCCCAGUCGCCGAGAACAAUCUUUUCCAUCGGUCACGUCCUCCGCUACAGUCCACACAACACACUCCUCCGCAAACUGCUCCUCACAGACCGUGUCAUUGGAGACAUCGUCUCCCUCGAACACACCGAGCCAGUCGGCUGGUGGCACUUCUCGCACAGCUAUGUCCGAGGAAACUGGCGCCGCGCCACAGCCAACGGCGACGGCUCCCUCCUCACCAAAUCCUGCCACGACAUCGACUUCAUUCUAUGGCUCCUCUGCUCGCCGACUUCCCUCGAGAGCACGCAACAGCCACAUUUCCCAAGAUCCAUCUCGUCAGCGGGAUCAUUGACGCAGUUCCGACGUGCCAGAAAACCUGCCGCAGCCGGGGACGCAACGUCUUGCAUCUCUUGCCCCAUCGAACGGGAAUGCAACUACAGCGCGGUUCGAAUCUAUAAGGACCGACACCUCGCAAAGGGCCAUCGCACGUGGCCGGUUGACAUUGUCUGUCCGGAUAUCGAAGACGUAUACCGAGGCGAAGGAGCCGCCGCCGCGAAAGAACAUCUACUCUCACGACUACGCGAAAACUACGACGUCCGCGUUCAGUCAGACGCUGAUAUCGCCGCGAGACCGUGGUACGGACGGUGCGUCUACGAAGCAGACAACAACGUCUGCGACGACCAAGUCGUGACGCUAUCCUGGGACGACGAGGGAGUCGAACCGAAACGACUAGCCAAAACGGCUACCUUCCAUAUGAUCGCGCCAACGGAGAAACAAUGCGAGCGACGGGGUCGUGUAUACGGGACAACCGGGGAAAUCGAGUACGACAGCAAUACAAUCUCCAUUUAUGAUUUCGCGUCUGCGAAGACGAGGGUUAUCGACGUACCCCGCCCGCCGCCGGAGAGGGCCGAGUCGCAUGGUGGUGGUGAUUACGGUCUUGCGGGACAGUUUGUAAAUGCUGUCAAUGCCGUGAUGAAUAAGGGGCUGGAUGUUGAGACUGCCCAGGCAAGGUUUAUCGGGUGUACCCUUGAGGAAGCGGUGCAGAGUCAUGCGGUGGUUUUUGCGGCGGAGGAGGCGAGGAGGGAGGAACGUGUUGUUAAGUGGAAGACUUGGUGGGAGGAAAAGUUGAAGGGAUCUGUUGCGUGA